UGCAAGGAUGAGCUGUGAAGCCAGAACAUUCGUGCUGAUAAUGCUACCUUUACUUUGCUAUUUUGAGGGUAUUAUAGGGAUACCGAAGGGUUGCCUCAUCAGGCCGCGUACCAAAUCUUCGGGGAUGCCUCUGCCACGUUGGUACUACAACGCUACUAGCCAUAAAUGCCAGCCAAUUAUGUGGGGUGGACAUGGAUACAGUGGAAACGUCUUUAAAUCCUCUGCUCAAUGCGAGAAGACAUGUGGCAGCUUAUAUCGACCAGAGGCCGACGUCUACCUCCUGACACCCGCGAUCUCCAAAUGCAAUCACCCUGGACCUUCUGUUUUAAUGUGGACUUACAACAGUAAAACGAUGACCUGUGUUUCUGUUCAGUACUACGGUUGUAACGGAGGGAAAAACCUCUACAGGACCUGUAAAAUGUGUCGCAGCACGUGUACCCAUCACACGACCAUCUUACAGUUCUGCCCCGAGAAUCCACCAAGACGACAGCUUGCUGGGAAUCAUGGCGACCUGGCCCCUGCUGUUCCGCCGAAGAAACCAAAACUUUAAUGGCGAUGAAAACAGGCAUUGAUGAAAACUAGGUGAAAAACUCAUAUAUUCAAUAAAAAUGUGGAUAAACUAUCUAAGAUGAUCCUCAGUGUAACUGGAUAGCUAGUCGCGAGCGUGAAUGUUCGCCUUUGAGGCCAGCUUUGCAGCGCACCGGAGGAGUUCUUGGCCAACACAGAGUGCUCGGUGCUCCAACUCUUUUUGGGUGAAGGUGCACUUAUGGGCAUUUAGAGCAGCUAUUAAAAGA